GUCCAUUCAUUACAGAUUGGUCUCCUUAUAUCUAUUCUCCAUGGGGCUGAUACACAUCUUUGUUGUUUGCUUCUAAAGCCGUUUUGUGAGAAAAAAAAGGAAGAAGUUUGUAAAAGAAGUGAACUUAAAGCUAAUGUAAAUGUCAUUAUAAUAAAGACCUAUUGUCAAAAUGUAUUCAAUAAAAUACAAUGGCAGGUUUAUAAUUUACUUAAUUGGGCUUUUGAAAAAUAAAAAUCCAAGUCGUCUGUUAUCCUUCAUGUUUUUAAAUUAUAUGCACUUAGAAUUGAAGCGGUUACUUAAAAUACAAAUAAAAUUGCAUUAUUUACCAGAUGCAGUUUUUGCGCAAGGGAUUUACUGUUACUGUGUAAAUUCAAAGCAUUUUAUAGAUCCUGACUCUUGUGCCUUUGGUAACUUAGGUCAAAAUAAAAGGUUUGGAACUUGGUGCUAUUUAUGCUGCUUGUCAUCGCCGAAAAAGUAUAAAGUAUUUGUUAUUAAUUUGCAAAGCAUUCCGAAGGGAAAGCUGUGUGUCUCUAACACAAUGAAGUUUAAUCUGCAAAAUGCAUUGGGGAUUCCAGAUUUCGAAUUAUGCUCAUACUUUUUAUUUCCAGGUGUUUCCAGUAAUGUAGUAUACGCAACAGAAGCUACAAUAUCUAUAAUAUCAAAUCCAUAUGUAUACUCUAGUGAUUUUACGGAUUCCUUAUUAAAAAGUUACUUCUCGAAACCUCGUUACUUACGUUCGAAAGACGUAUUUAGUGUAGAUGUCAAAAAGUACUCUUCUGAUUGCUAUUACUCUUCUAUUGAUUCUGAACCGACUGCAAUAUAUUUUAUGGUUAAAAGUAUAAAAAGUAAGAAUCUUAAAAUGAGUUAUAAUGGUUGUUAUUGUGUCUAUAAGGAAACUACGCUCAUUCAAAAGAGUCACAGUCAAAGCUAUCUCCCAAAAACGCACUUUUGUGACAUACAGUUAAUUUCGUCAAGUGACAACCUAAUUUAUUCACAUUCACAAUGUCCACCAUCUCUAGAAGAUGCUUCCAAUGAGUUAAAAACCUGCAUUUUACCAUUUUUACAGAAAGAUAUUUCGAUCAACGUAAAACCAAUCUUUCUGGUGGAGGGGCCGCAAGGCAGUGGGAAGUGUAAUUUGAUACAAAUCGUUGCUGGUAAGCUUGGCUUGAAUAUGGUCAAUGUAAAUUGUAGUGAGAUACAGUCGUCGACCUCUGCUCAGACCGAGUUGAGACUACGUAAAGUGCUCACAAAUGCCGAGAAUAGCAGUCCAUGUAUUUUAACAUUUCGCAAUAUUCAGGUAUUUGGAAUCAAUACGGAUGGCCAACGGGAUGACCGAAUUAUAUCUCAUUUUGGAAUCGAGUUGAAAAAACUGUACAAUAAAAAUUUGAGGUUUCCUGUCAUUUUCAUAGCUACGUCUGAAAGUUCGGACCUUCCGUCAGAUUUGGAAAGAAAAUUUGUAGCAACGAUCCGAUUAAAAUACUUGGAUCAAACUCAAAGAUUAAUUAUACUAUCUUGGUUACUGAAAAGCAAAGGAAUUGUGCAUCAGGCAGAUUUACACAAAAUCGCAGGAUUGUGCUCAAAUUUUGUUUUAGCAGAUCUUGAAGCAUUGGUGCUACAUGCCACAAAAAUGAAACACAAACAACUGUCGCAACGAAAUGAGUCAGGCCCUCUUGUAUUACUGGGCGAGGAUUUAAAUAAAGCUUGUGAGUACAUGCAAUCAAUGUUUUCAAAUCGAAUCGUUGCACCUGACGUUCCGAAAGUUCACUGGGGAGACAUAGGAGGCUUAGCUGAUUUAAAACACGAAAUUAUACGACGAAUCGAGUUACCUUUGUUGAAUGAUACUGGGCUAGGGCAAUCUGGUUUACUUUUGUACGGUCCUCCUGGAACGGGCAAAACUUUACUUGCAAAAGCUGUAGCAACUGAAUGCCAACUUAAUUUUUUGUCAGUCAAGGGACCUGAGUUGCUUAACAUGUACGUUGGACAAAGUGAAAAGAAUGUUCGACAAGUAUUUGAACGAGCUAAAGCAGUAGCGCCUUGCAUAAUCUUCUUCGAUGAAUUGGAUUCUUUAGCCCCGAACCGAGGUAAAAAUGGAGAUAGUGGUGGAGUAAUUGAUCGAGUAGUGUCUCAGCUCUUAUCGGAAAUGGAUGGACUGGGAAGUUCAAAUAACAUUUUUAUUAUUGCUGCAACGAACAGGCCCGACCUUAUCGAUCCAGCUUUGCUAAGACCCGGAAGAUUUGACAAAAUGCUGUAUGUUGGAAUUUAUUCCGAUAAUGAUUCGCAAGUUUGCGUUUUGAAAGCCCUAACACGACAGUUCAUAAUGAAGAGGGAGGAACAAGAGUUAAGAGAUCUAGUGAAAGAACUCCCAUCAAAUUUAACAGGCGCUGAUUUGUAUUCAGUGUGCUCUAACGCUUGGCUACUAGCAGUACGUAAAUGCAUUAAUGCAUCAUGUACUACUGAUGAUGGAGCGACAAGAAUAGAAUCAACUAAACUUCUAACCGAAAAGGUAGUAGUCGUAACAGUUGAAGACUUUACUAGUGCUGCUCGAGAAUUAAUACCAUCUGUCAGUAUGGAUGAAUUAAAGCGAUAUGGCAAAUUAAGCAACGAACUGUCUAUGAGAUAGCGAGUAUAUGCGAAAUUCUUAACAUGCGGUUUAUGAAAUUUGUAUGGCACGUAUGAGGAAAACACUAAAAAAUAAAUUGAAUUAAAGUUUU